UUCUUUAAAUCAGGAAUCAAAUUAAACAAAAAAACUGUAAGUGUGGCAUGUUUCUGCCUCAAAUUCCUCAACUCACUAAUUGCACCAGCAGGAAUCUCCGCCGACUGUGCGUCAUAGGUCCAAACAAUCUCCCCCUCAGCCUCAUAGCUAAGAGUGGACUUUGCAUGACCGAGACCGAAACUCCAGUCGAGCAGACAAUUUCAAGUGAGCAUGGUUGGAGUAAUUGUUUGUUUAGUUGGAUUGUAAUUUUUGAAUUGAAUUAUGGAAAUUAUUUGAAUUCUAUAUUUAUUUUAAAUUUAAAACUAUUUCAAGAAAAUUUGGGUGGAUGUCGCAGCACACACCCUAAAUCCACCCGGCGGCAGCCUUUCUAUUAUAUAUCAACCCCGAGCAAAACCGAUCGCCUUUCCAGCACCAAUAUCCGGCUCCACCGUUAUUAUGCGAGUAAACAUGACUAGACAAUCAAUGCCGGGGCCGCCGCAGCUUCUUCACCGAUGACGGUUGACCUUGCCGAUCAUCAAACCGCACACAACAAAUAGCCCCAAAUCAUCUGCCAAGUCCGCCUUCUGACGUCCUGUGCGCCGAAGAGUUCACAGCUGAGAUGCUGAUCUUUCAGAACAAAACGUGUCAGGACAGAAAACGUGACCGUUAGUUGCCGGUUUUUACCGGUUCGUUCCAGCAAAGGUCACAUCCGCCACCGCCGAAGCUCUUACCUUGCUUCAGAACGUACAAACGUCCUUGGCAUAUUGAAAGCUCAAGCUCAAGUCUCAGUUCCGCUAAAAAUAGUUAGAAUAACAAGUCGUUCGCAAUUGCCACAUAAGUACACGUGAAUUUUAAACUUUUAAAUCACUCAGGUGUGAAAAAACAACAACCGCGCGAUAACACAAACAAAUACUCUUACUACAGGAAGGUGAUGAAAAACAAAAUAAUCAUUAAAAAGUGGAGUGUAGCAGAAAAAUCAUGCUAAACUGCAAUUAGUUCGUGAACUGGAACAACUCUCGUUGGUGUGCGCCCCUUGCCCUGGAGAGGGCCGGAGUAUUUAAUCUGAGAAUUUCGAUCGCCCCGAGGAACUCACAGACUUGACACGCAGCAGCAGUAGUAGUGCUAAUUAUAGAAUCCGCUGGCGGGAAUUUAUAGCAAAUAAAACGUGAUUAGUGGAAGAGCAAAAAUGAGGAGGCAGGGUGAAUCGACACCAGUGGAAACCGUUGAACUUUGCUCGCCAAAACAGAUAUCGGAAGUUCAGCGACAGCUGGAUAGGAGGAGUCACCGUCGUCGUCAUCGGCGCCAGCAUCAACUGCAACAUCAGACGCUAAAGUUCAGGAACCACUUGUUCAUACUGGUCACGGCGGCUGCAGCGACGGCAGCGAUGGGAGUUCUAGCUGCAGAACGCAAACUUCAAGCAAAUGGACGAGUAAUUUUCAAAUUCUUACGUAGAGAUGCUAAACAGUACGAACCUGCCCUUCCAGCCGAGAUCCGGUGCUCACAUCACGAUAAUCUGCUGUACGCGAUCCCCAACUCUGGUUGUUCGUCCUAUUACCGGUGCUACCAACGGACCGUGUUCCGGCACCGAUGCAACGAGAAGUCCGUCUUUGACUUUUAUCAGCAAAAGUGCGUCCGAAGUGAAGCGACUUGCUACGAACCGGUCUGCACGGGUCGCACCAACGGGCUGUACCCCGACACUACGCAGGGAUGUCGAAGGUCCUACGAGUGCCAGGGAGGUGCGUUGAUAGCUGUGGAAAAUUGUCCCCACGGGUUUCGGUUCAGUGGAGGCAGCUGUGUGCCACCUCAUGAGGCGGGAAGCUGUGACAGUCCGGCCACUUCAGCGAUAGCGAUUCCGUUCGACGGAGAUAACCGGUGUUACGGACUGCAGAACGGGAACCACAUCAUCGAUGACGAUCACUGUAAGAAGUUUAUGAUUUGUCAGGAUAACAGCGUGAUUGAAGUGUUGGAGUGUCCGUACGGGUACGUGUACGACGAGCUGACCAUGCGGUGCGUAUUCACCGGUGGAAUCGAAUCUUCCGGAUGUAUGACCAACUACAUGGACGAAGUGGACGAUGCCUGUGCGAGACUUCCGGGAGGAUUUCACCUAGAUCCAACGUCAAAGAGUUGCACGAGUUACAUCAAGUGUGCCAACGGAAGGCUGGAGUCCCAACACGACUGUCCAGCAGCCAGCGUGUUCAACGGAGUUCAGUGCGUACCCCAGUUUCUGUACCAUUGUCCGAGGUUGGCCCUUCCAGGAGAUAUCUGCGAGAGGAAGCUCGAUGGACUACACACUGAUCCCCGCAAGGGAUGUGCGUUCUACGUUAGAUGCAACGACCACAGAACCAUCGACAGCUUUUCGUGUCCAUCGAGCUUCCACUACAACCCAGAGGACAACAUGUGCGUAGAUCGUAGCCGAUCCAGCGAGAUCUGCCACGAAGUCGGCUACUCCAGCGAUUGCACGCAACGAUCAGCCGGAUUCUACCAGGACUUUUCCGAGGCGUCCAAGUGUUCACAUUACUUCUACUGCUUCAACGGUAACAAAACCACACUCCGUUGUCCACCCGGACAGGUCUUCGACGGUGAAAACUGCGUCCCAUCCUCCUCGUACUCCUGUCCCAGCAGAGCAUCGGACUCUUGCGUCAACAAACCCAACGGAUACUACCGCGACCCUAGCGGUGGCUGUCGAUCCUACUUCUACUGCUCCACCGAUGGCACCAAGACGUCCUACCUCUGCAACGCAGGUCAAAUCUUCAGCGCUGGUCACUGCGUAGACCGCCUCGCCGAUGACAUCUGCAGUGAAGACCUCGUUUGCGCGGGUAGAUCCGACGGCUACUACCAAGAUCUGACCUCCAACUGUCGCAGUUACUUCUACUGCCAGCAGGGGGAAAAGCUGCAAACCCUUACCUGCCGAGGUAGUCGUCUCUUCAACGGCCACAGCUGCGUCUCCCAGGACGCGUACACGUGUCCCCACGAAGCGGCCAUCGCAGCCGACCCGCUGUUGAACUGCAUACCGCGUCCCUGCGAACAGGACUGCAGCAAAAAUGGCUUCCAAAACGAUUACGACAGCCGGUGCCAGGAUUACUUCUUCUGCAUCGAUGGCAAGAAGACGACGCUGUCCUGCUCCGAUGGCCAAGUUUUCAAUGGGGAAAUCUGCGUGCACGCCGACAAGUUUCCAUGUCCAAAGUACUGCGAUGCGACGGUAGCGUGCAAUUAGUGCUUACCUGGAUUCAUAAACCUUUUCGGAUUAAGUCUUAUUUAUUGAAAGAAGAGGCAGGCUAAGGAAGCUGAAAAAGUUAAAGCAAAAUGAGCCGAGACGAGGGCUCAUUGUAGUUGGUAAUGGCGAUUUUUACGUCAAACUUAACGGUCUGGGGCUAGGGUAGGUGACACACUGCUGGGGAAGUCAUCCUUGGAGGUGCGCCUUAUGAUGUUCAAACUUGAUGCAUUUACAAUACUCACUACCUGUAGGACAGUACUCUAAUAUUUAGAAUAAUUUUGAUAGCCAGUUUUCAAACAACAAUCGUACAGUCGAUUGCAAAUAACAUUGAAAAUUAAUCCAGAUCUGCAAACGGUUUGCUAAAUCAAUGGUUUGUAUG